AUGUUUGGUCGUCGUGUGUUUGCGAGUGCUGGCGUGCCGCGUCAUGCGUGGGCUGCGCUGCACAUUCAAAGCAGCCGCCAGGCCUCCCGCAUCCUCCCGUCACUCGCACCACUCGCGCCACUCGAGUGCCGCCGACAGUUGUCCGGCGCCGUCGCGGCCGUAAGUGCAUGGCAGACGACACCAGCAGUGAGUGAUGCGCUGCUCAGCGAAGACGGGCUUCUGAUGCUUGGCAUCAACUCCAUUCUGCCGCUUUCACCCACAAUGUUUAUACAACCUCACGGUUUUAUAUCGCCAUGUACAUUUGAGAAGGUGUUUAGGGUAGCGUGUCCGACGUUUGAUUGGGCAGCAGGGGAAGCAGGUGGAGCAGCACAGGGUUGA